AUGGCUCAGAUAGGAUCCCUGGUCGGCAACUUGCACGCGGACAUAGAAACGGCACGAGCAGAGGUGCGACGGCUGAAGAGGGAUUUGGCGCACGAGAGGGGCUCAAACGCGUCCAAUAAGCCUGCAGACAUUGACACAGUAGGCAUCGCGACGUACUCCUCGGAAAGCCAGGAUGCUGUCUUCAACCAGAAACACGGCCGAGCCCCGCUGGCGGCCAUUGACCCGCUCGUAGAAUGGCGAACAUACAUCCCCCCGCUGAUGGUGGCCUUCCUCAACGAGUUGGGUUAUCAGCACGCCGAGGUUGAUGUCGAAGGCGAUGUCAAAGAGGAACUCUGGAGGUCUCGGGCUAGUCGGAAAUGCCUCAUGGCCGGGGUGUUGACAUCGUUCGCGUUUAACACAUGGAAUAAGAAUGCCAACGCGAUGGGCUUUUUCCUGAAGGGACAAGGUCUCCAAAGGGAUGGGUUGGAAUUUCUAGCAAGCAUUUUUAAGAUCACGCAAUCGGACCGUCACCUGUGGGAAAUGCGGACGAAGUUGGCGGAUGUGCUCGGUACAGAAGCCGAGAUGAGGAAGCUGAUUCCGCUCCCGUCAGUGCUGGUGGCCGCGAGCUUCGACAACGUCAACAUGGAAGUGUUACGUCACUGGGGAAUAGGCGGCCACGUUGAUCUAGUGGCGGGCAUCGCCUACUACCAUGUUCUGACAAGUCGAGGGCGUAUGUCGGAACUCACGCACACCCCCCCGAAGUUGCUUUUUGCCCGCGAUUUCAGUAGCACUACUCCGCGGAUUGUUGAAAUAUGGGGGGGAUUCCGAUCGAGGGUGCUCCAGUGCGUUUUCGGCGAUUUUACCAAAGUCGAUGGAUACUUCGAGAUGCGAGUGGCAAAGAGGCACAUCCGCGAUAGCGCGGCAGGGAAAGCUUUGGGAGUGGAGGGUCGGUGUGUACCCUCUGACGUUAUUGCGCGCUAUCUCGGCGUGGUGCUGCUUGGCACGAAAACGGUGGAAGAAAUCAUGGAGUACCUGCAUGGCCUGCAUGAUGUCCUUCACGUGGGCGUGGAAAAGGGGAGGCGGCGCGCGGUCGUUGUUGGGGACCAGGAGAACUUCACCCUCGUGCACAAGGCAGCCGACUGCUAUGACAAAAAAUUGGAGGGAAAAAACUACCACAAAUGGCACAACUUUUUCGUUGGAUUUUUGGAGGCGUUAUGGCGAGGUUGCAUUGGCGAGGUGAAGGAGACAUCCCAGUCGGGAGGGAUGAGACUUUCUGACGAAGAACCUCUGGCCAACUUGCCCGGCUACCGGGACGACCAGACCAAGCACAAGACUUUCGGGCAGUGGGCGGAUUUCCUACUUUCCGAUGGAAUGGCAUACCUUGCUGUGUACAUCGGCAUACAAACAGGCGACUUUGAUCUGCGGGAGGCCGCCAUUCGCAAAAUCGCCCCGCUGUUCUUGGGGUACAACAAAAACUUAUACCACGCGUUGUGCAUCCGACACCUGGCAGACAUAGCGCGAUUGAGUCCCGCUGAGCGGUUGUUCAUUAGUGAGACGUUUAGCCUAUCGCUCUCUGGGAAACCCGGCAAAAAUACGGGCCUCGACGAGAUCCAGGAGAUGACCAUGAACAAGGAUGUCAAGCAGGCUGCAACGGGCACCGACGUCAGGUAUCUCGAGAGACUUACCCUCACGCUACAGACACUGUCGACGGUCGCACGGGAGGUGAAGGAAAUGUACGGCAGUAGUGUCAUCUACAACCGGAAGAUCUACGCUAGUGACCACAGAAGGAAGAUCGAUAAAAUCCACGCUUCCCUCGUUGCGGAGGGAAGCCCUUUCAAGCUCCGGGAUGAGCAAGGGACACAGUCAAUCAUUUCGGCGGAUGGGCGCGUGGCGCUUGCGCAUCUUGAAAGCACGAUGAUGGAAGCCGGCAGCAAGUCGGUCGACAUGUUCCGGAGAGGAGCGCUAGAAACCUUCGAAGAAGAGCUCGGCCCUGGCGGGCAGGCGAAGGACGCUACCCGGAAGCGUGUAAAGUUGGCCACGUUUAGCACUGGAACAGAAAAGAAGAAGACAAAAACACGAGCACAGGGGGCAGCGGCGACCCACAUCGAGGAUCUCCAGAAAGCCAUAGGGGCGCUUGCCAAGUUGGUACCCACCCCGAAGAGCUUUGUACACGUGACACGGGGACAGUCCGCCGGCCCAAGCGCUGGCGCUAAGAGGAAGAACCACAAGCUACAUUCGAAGAAGAAGCCACGCGCUCCGCCGCAACCUCUGUUCACGAAAGCGCCCACGGGUUUUGAGAUAGGAGAUAAGACGCCGGACGCGGCUGAGUGGCAGACUUUUCUCGAGGACCGGCAGCACCGUGACGGUGUAUUUUCGGCUUUGUGCAAGUUCAUCCGGCACCAGUACGAUACAAUCCGCAAAAAGACAUCAGACGGCGUCGGGUUGGAAUAUGGGGAGUCGUGCCUCCAACGACUUCAGCUGGAGGUCGACGGGGAGCCUGUUCUGUUCAGCGACUACUCGCGGACAAAGAGUUAUUUGUCGUGGUACAAUACGAAGGAGCUUGACAUAAUACUCCUCGAAGCCAACGGUAUUGGGGAGGGUGAGCUCCAGGCUCUCCACCACGCGUAUAUGACGGGGAAGAACAACAAAGAGAGCAGAGGGCAGGGGGGCGAGGUACGAGAGGGUGGGGUGGUGGUGCCUACAAGCGAAGAUCCCGUGACAGUGGAGGUAGUUUCGGUUGACACCGACGUUUGGAUGGCAGCUCUCCUGGCGUACGCCGUGCAUCCGUCGACUCGGGACGUGCGUAUCAUCGUGCGACAACAGAGCGGGGUGACCGGUAACACCUACGUCAACUGCAUCGACGUCCUGAAGCUUCUCCAAGAUCUAUCGGCAAUGCGAUUUUGGCCAUCUUCGUUCACCAAUUUGCAGAGGGUGCUAUCGAUAGUCUCCGCAUUUGUUCUUAACGGGACUGACUUUACUCCAUCGCUUAGUGGCUUCACGGCAUCGAGUAUGUUCCAAGCAUACAACGCGUUGAAGGAUGCCGGCAACCACAACUUUGUUCUGCCGCUGGGUUCCGAGCAACGUGAGGGGG